AUGUUCCUCAAAGACAAACAAGAUUUAAAUAAAUUGAUUGAGAAAAUGAAAAGUGAACUAGAGAAGAAAGACUGUGCUUGUAAGAUGGAAGCUGAUGCAGAGCUUGACCAGUACAGGAGCCUUAUACGAGACUAUGAGCUGAAGGCAAUUCAUCAUCAAGCAGAAUUGAACAACAAGGAUGCUGAACUGGAGAAAGUACGGUGUGAUUUGGCAACACUCUGGGAUAAUAACCAGGAACUUGAGAUACAUUCAAAUGAACAGGCCAAAUUAAUUUGUGAAUUGCAAGAUUUACAGAAAGGAACACAAGAAGCUCACUUCUUUCUUAUGUCAUUAUUGUUAUUAUUAUCAUUUCUUUUGUCCUUUUCUUUUUUUCUUCACUCUCGUGUCUUUCAUCUUACCCCUUACAUUCUUUCUAUUUUUAUUCUUCCUCUUUCUUUAACACAUAUUUUUCUUUACCUUUUUCUUCUUUCAUUCACUCCUCUCUUUCUUUGUUUGGACUCAUUUUUCCUUCAUGAAUCCAUCACUAUCUUUUUGAUAAAAAUUCACUUCCCUUUCUCUUUUUCUAUCUUUCACUUUUUCUUUUAUCUCAAUUUUUAUUUUUUCUUUUUGUUUCUUCCCCCCAAUCUUCUUCCUCUUUUAAAAUUGCUGAAUACAUCUUCAUUGAUUUAUUUAUUAUCAUUUUUCUUUAACUUCUUUUCCUUUGUUUACUUUUUUUCUGCCUCCCAUUUUCUUUUCUUUUUUUUUUUUUUCUUUUUCGUUUUUCAUAUCCUUUUUAUCCCUAAUCUGCCACAGGGUCUUUGUAGUAAUUAG